AUGUCAACAUCAUCAGCAGCUGAAGUUCUAGUAAGAACUAGGGAGCUUGUUCCAGGUCCAGCGGCUAGUAUAUAUGAUAGACGAAAAUUUCAAGAGCUGUUGAUAACAUUACCCAGAUAUUCAGCCUACGAGAACAAGGCUUUCUUUGGCUUACUAGUAGCUAAAUAUUUCGGUGAAUUUGAAGAUCUUCAAGAUUCAGCGAUUGAUGCAUUAUUAGAUUUAUGUGAAGAUGAAGAUGAAAAAGUGAGAAUAAUAGGUAUAAAAGGUUUGGGUCCAACCGGUAGAUCUGAUCCUAGAUGGGUAAAAGGAAAUACAGGCGUAUUACUUCAACUCUUAGCUUGCCAACCUAGAGAAUUGAAAUACGUGAAAGAAUCACUACAAACGUUACUUUCAGUUUCACCAAUAGACGUUUUCGGAGUAAUGAUAGAUGAUUGUAGAGGAUCAGAAGAAGAGACGGGAGCAUCAAGAAGAAAUAUAUUAGAAUAUCUUCGAACCGAUGCAGCUGAAACCAGAAAAACAAUACUGGAAACUGGGAACAACUUGACAGCUGAAGAUAUCUUCAGGAAAGGAUUAUUUGAUGUUUUACAGAACUCCGUUUCAGAAGAAGAGAGCGAACUGAUCUUAGAGCUGUUAGAGCCCCUCUCUACCAUAUCUGGGAAGAACGCUCUGACGAAAACCAAGAACAGAUAUAUGAAAGCCUUGAUCAAUUCUUUACCACCAAACUCAACCACGCAGAAGACGCAACAUCUCACCGAUAUCUUCAAGAGAUAUGUGGGAAAGAUAAUGCCUAUCGACCCUAGGUACAUCAUCCUGUUCUUGGCGCAACAUGGUGCAGCGGUAAUCGAAUUAGGGCUGGAAAGCAAAGACCCUUCGGCGGAAUGGUUAUUGGACGGACUGAAAGAUUGGUCAAGAGGGGUUGUUGCUCAAUGGGAAAAACCUAGAGAUGAGAAAGAUCUGGAAGAGAACACAUUGGCUCCAGCAUUUGUGAACACCACACUACCCCCUUUCUUGGAUGGGUUUAAAGCGCUGUAUCGCAGUGGAAAAGUCGCUGGAGCAGCAAGCACAACUGAGGUAAUCCUAUUUACCAUAUAUCAAAUCACAACUAUUCACGAUCGUCGCUCUGAACUCGUGCGACGGUCAAUAGCCCAUGAUCUAUCAGAUGUGGCUGAAGAAGGUAUCAAAAUCUUGCGACGACUGUCGAAAGGUUCAACAGAAUCAAGGAGAUGGGAAAACAUCAUCGACAUGGCUGAAAUUUUGGCAGAUCCCCGUAGUAAAAUUAUAAAGAUCGUCCCUUCAUGGGAACUCUCAUCAUCGAAGGUACCCCCUACUGGUCCAUCCAAAUCCUUCAAUGACGUUUCCAAAACAUCGGCUGCACCAAGUGCACCGCGAGGACCUAGAAGUACUCAGCCUCAUCUUCAAACUCAAACUACACCUUCGGGUCCGAGAAAUGGAAGUUCAGCUGGACCAUCUUCGCAUCAUCCUAGAAAUGUCCCGACUGGUCCUGCAUCUAAUACAUCUAGAUACUCGUCUUCAGCAGGAUCCAUGUCGUCUUCUCACUUGUAUCCUACACCUCAGCCUCGAUCGUAUGAUAGAAGACCCCGUUCACCAGGCAGAAGACCUCGAUCACCAGAGACACGAACACGUUCACCAGAAAGACGACCACAAUCCCCUAAUAUCACAAAUCUACGUCCGUCAGUGAACAAGAAAUCUCGAUCCCCGGGAAACGAAUACCGCUCAUCCAAAACAAGGUCUCCCUCCACUGAUAGGAGGCGGCCUAGUAGCCCCGACCCAUCUUUGAAGACAAAACCUCUUACUCUACCACCAUCACAACCAAAUCACAGAACAAUAACCCCCGUACAGCCUUCUGUAUCUUCGGUACUCCCAGUUGAGCUUGUACCGCUUACUCAAUCAUCACAAUCAACAGCUGAGAACAGUCAGAAACCCACUUUGACCAUUCGAAGUGCCGCUGCUUCCGUUGUCGAGACAUCCUCUCCCAAGAUACCAUUUACUCCUACUCCUGUACCAAGAGUCACAUCGCCGCCUCCCCGGCCCGCACUUACACCAAUACCGACAUUAUCAAUACGCCAAUCUGCUCCUGCUUACACCUCACCGUCAAGUAUCAUCACCGACCCGCCGUCAAAACGUAGCUCACUGGCUGAUCGUUUGGGUGUAUCCACGUCUGUGCCAUCAUCGACCAACAAACGUCCCCGCAAUGCAGAUGAGUUACAACCUGUCAAGGCUCCGGAUCAAGUCUCCUCAGUGACAAGCGAAGACAGGCCUUUACUGUUAUCUAGACUUGGAUCGAGGGAUGUAGAUCCUCCACAAGCUAAAAAGGCGAAGGUGGACAAAGAUAAGCAAAACAUCGAUGCUCGCAGCAAAGAAUCGACCAGAACUGAUGGAAGUAGAUUAUCAUUACUCGAUCGCAUCAAUGGUAAACCUUCCUCCUCGCCUGCACCACCCUCGGAAUCGUCAAUUAUCAAGGAUGAUCAACUAUCCGUGCCUCCAUCAACGUCAAACAAGCCUUUCAGUAUACUUAAUCGGUCAUUCACCGCCUCUUCCUCCACGAAUAAUCCUCCCACUCAGCCGAAACAGGGAUUAUCAUUUCUUUCUCGUUCGUCACAAGCACCACCACCUUCAGCUCUAAAAACGCUCUCAAUACUAAAUAGAGCGGCGUUCACAUCAUCUUCAGGUCUAGGAACCGAGUCCUCAAUAUCACCGAAAGAUGAAGAAGUGAUCGUUCGAAAAGGAAGAGGUUUCAGAGCUAAAACUCCAGACGGUCUAGAUAUACUCACGAGUGAAUCAUCUACGAGCGAAGAUGGUCCAGGAUCAUCGUUAGCCAGUAGAUUGACAGUUGGUCCUGGGAUUAGAGGUAGAGGUAGAGGUGUUCCCGCAUUUGGAUUUGGUUCUAGGGGUUUGGUCAGACCUCAUAUGAAUGGCCAACAUUGA